AUGAGUGUGCUUUUGGAAACUACCGCCGGUAAUUUGGUGAUUGAUCUCGACACCGACAGCCGGCCCAAGGAGUGCCGACUGUUUCUGGCUCUGUGCAAGAGAAAGUACUACCACUACUCGCCGUUUGUCAACGUGGUGAAAAAUCAGUCCGUUGAUUGUGGCAAUCCGCAUUUCCCAGAGCCUGUUGACGUUGCGCACCUUGACACCUACGCGGAGUACACCCCACCAUUUACCCCAGUACAAAGCUUAUCGGGCACUGUGGGCCAGAUAGGCCAGAUUAUGUUUGCUGUGCGUGACCAGACACCGGGUCCCGAGUUCAAGGUUUUGCUGGGCCCCGCAUCCCGGUUGCAGAGCCCGGUGUUUGGUUCGGUGGCAGAAGGUUUCACCACGCUGGAGUACAUCAACGAAUGCAUCUUGGACAUACACCUUCGACCGUUGAAAGACGUGCGUAUUUUGCAUACAUACAUUCUCCACGAUCCUUUUGAUCUGCCAGUGUCUUCACCAGCGAGCCCGCUCCCGACGCAGACGCAGAUCGACUCGUUCCGGCUGCUGCUGGACGAGGAUGCGUUGCAGGACAUCAAGGCCGAGUCCAACGCAUUGACGCUGGAGGUGCUCGGCGACCUGCCGUCAGCAAAGAUCCAGCCCAGCGACAAAGUGCUCUUCAUCACCAAAUUGAACCCCAUAACCAAGGAAGAAGACCUGCGUUUGAUCUUCCAGCGGUUCGGCACCAUCAGCUCUGUCGAGAUAAUCAAGGAUAAAGUCACCGGCCACUCCCUGUGCUACGGAUUCAUCGAGUUCACCGACAAAAAAGCCGUCGAGCUCGCGUACAGGAAAAUGGAAGGAGCCCGCAUUGACGACCGCCGUGUCCAUGUCGACUUCUCCCAGAGCACGAAACGCAAACGGCAAAGACCGUUCUAA